AUGUCACGCGAUGAAAUAGCAAAACAAUUGCGCGGAACACGAAAGGAAGUUGAGAGUGCUGUGAAGACAAUUCAGUCGCAAUUCAAUCAUAUCCGAAAUGGCGGGACGUCCAGCGUCGCAUCUGAUGCUCUGAGAUAUGAAAUUAACAUAUUGAGUAAACUUAGCUUUGCUCUGCAAGACAAUUGCCAUAAACAUGCCGACCUCUAUUGCGACAUUGUGGCCUCGAUGCUGCCACACGUUGAGCCCUGCGCCACAAAGCCCGAGUUCUGGGCGAGACACUUGGGCAGCCUGCACUACAUUUACCACGCGAUCUGUCGAGAGCAAACAAUAGAGGAAUGCCAAAGAUUCUAUGCGUUGGUCAACAAACAACGCGUCCACCUCAAAAACAAGACUGACUACAAACUCUACCUGAAUAUUCAUAUACGGCAUCUCUACUUUUUUGGCCAGCAAAUACAGAUACAGCCAACGAGCACGGCCAAAAAUCAACUCUGUUUGGCCCUACAAGCUAUGGGUGUACUGUUCCAAGCCAUGCAGCGCCAGAAUGGUGGAUACAGUGAGCUCAUCGCCGAGCUAAAUCAAAUUCUAGGCAAGCGGAGCAACUCUUUCCUCAAGAUCCUGGGCACAUUGCCUGUGGCAUACUCGAACAAGAUGUACGAGCCGCUCUUUAAGCUACUGGCCAGCAGUGGAAGCACCACCGAUGAGCUGAACACACAGUUUCCAGAAUAUUUAAGUGCUUUGCUGGCCCUCAUCCAAAUCGAUGGCUUCUCGUGGCAGCAACAAGCGGAGGAAGCGCCUCAGCAAUUGGCGUUGCAGCUGCUCCGUUGCUGCCGCGAGUCCUACAAAGAAUUGACAUCACUAAACUAUGUCAUGCAGUUACUCUACUACUACCUGAAGCUGCUGUUCACUCGAGAUUCCGCACAGACUACCGACUUGAAGCGUCAUUACAUAGAUCUGACCAAGAAGCUGAUUAAUUUCUUUGAGCACAAGGGCGCUGCACAUGCCAAGGAGCAGUGGUUCAUAGACUUUCUGUUGGUUUUUGUGCGUGUGCAGAAACUGCUGCAUCAGAGGAAUGGAAAGAACAACUGCUUCGAGGUCUUCUGGCAGGGAUUGGGCGGCACGGACAGCGCCGAGACAUAUACCGCACACUUUGAGCUCAUCCAGUGCUUGAUUACCAUGUCGAUGGACAUAAGCAGCAACAGUCCACUCGCCGCCAGUUGCACCAAUGAUUCCAAAUGUCAAAGUCUUCGCAAACACUGCAUUUUCACCCUCGGCUGCUGUGCCACCAACGCCUACAGCUUUUGGCAGCCCUCGGCGCAGGCAACACUCCAGAAGGCUGCUCAGGAGUCUCUCGCCGGCAUUAUACACUAUGCCGUGGACGUGGUGAAGGUGACCAAGUGCAUGGUGGCAACAAGCGCGGAAUUGCUCAACUUUGUCUGGCAUCUGAACAACAUUGCCGACAAGGUGUCGAGUGGCACACAGAUGGCAUUGUUGCAACUGUUGGUGAAGCCGCUGCAGCAACUGCGAUCCCUGCUGGGAGAUCAGGAGAUGCGACAACUGUUGCGUCGCUUGUACAAGGCCGGCUCAUACUGCGAUAAUCCGGAGCUGGCCGCUCAGUUGCAGUGCACCUUCAUUGCCGCCACUACCUGUCCCGCCCGUCAGUUUCAGCAGAUCUGCGUCUAUUAUUGCAACGCCAAAAACUCGAUUCCCAAGUGCGUCUACGAGCUUCACGAGAUGAGCCCCUUGGGCAAUCCCCUCACCACAGCACAGCGGCGUAAGCUCUACGAGCUGGACAUGGUGGCCGUGAUGGCCCACAGAAAGACGCCGCCGUUGCUGCAAUCGCUGUUGCGUCAUCGUCAAACCGACUACCAGUUGGUGCUCCUGGGACGUCACAUGCGCACGGACACCACAAUACUGAAUCGGUUCGAGGAGCUACGCUUAAAACUGCAAAAGAAGAGACUGACUCGUCUGGAGCAGCUGAUGCUGGCCCAUGUCAGCGUUAGCAAGAUCCUGGAAUUGGACGAGAAGAACCAGAAGACUAAAAUACCCAUGAAGGAGGUGACGGAAAGGAGUCUGGAGGAGUUGUGUAUCAAGUACAACCUUUUGGAUGUCAAUAUUGCCAGCGAGAAGCCUCGGGUGCAACUGGCCACAGCGGUCAUAGCCGCCUUUGAGGCCUUCUAUAACCAGGCUGAUGCCGAACGCUUGAGCAGUGACGAGGCGCUCAUCGACUGGGAGGCGCUGAUUGAUGAUGCCAUUUGUGCUGCCAAGGCACUGUCCAGCAUGGGUUACAUGCAGCAAGCGGACAGGGCGUGGCUGCUGUUGCUCCGCAUAAGUCGAAUGCUGGGCGACAGAUUCACCUUCCUUCGUGCUAUUAGUCACUUUAUGUCGCACUACACGCAACAUGCGCUUUUCGAUAUGGCACACGAGGUGGAGCAUGCCCAGCAGCUGUUGGACGAUCUCUGGCCGCAGAUCCGGAGUGAUCACUUCUUAAAGCGUCAGCACACGACUUUGAUGCUGUGUCUCUGUCAAAUGGCGCUUUACUACGCUCGCUUGGAUUGCCUGAGCCACGCCCAGUUGCUGUUGUUGCAUGUGGAGCGACUGCGUGAUCAAUUCCAGGAGCGUGUGGGCAAAUGCGACGUUGUCCUACUGACGCUGCAGUCGGUGCGCUUUCGAAUCUGUUACCAGCAACGGCACUGCAGCAUCCUGGCCAGAAUGCCCACGGUCUAUCAGCAGCUGGACACGUUAACGGAGAAUGUGCGUAAAUUUACCAGCAUUUCAUCCGUGGAUCUUGGUGCUCUCUAUAUGUUGCUGAGUGAUCUCGUUCGGGACAGCACCGAAUGCACCGCCAAUCGUCUUUGCGAGCUCCCCAACAUGUCCAUCAGCCUGCUGCAGGUGCUCCUUAAGAGCGGUCUGGUGCUGCGUACCGUGGAGGUCUUGAUCUCCUGGAUGUGGACCAAUCUGAGAAUGGAAUGCAUGGACAAGGCACUUUCCAAGCUGCGUCUCAUCGAACACUUUCUCUGUAUCCAGCCCUUGUCCUUGGCACAGCCGAUCAGCAAAUCCAGCAGCCUGAUUACUACUCCCAUGGAUGCUCAGUCAAAGCACAUGACCGAACUGGUCGGAAAGAUGUUGUCCAUGCAACUGGAACAGGGCACCGCCAGCGUGGAGCCCAUUCGAAAGCAGCAACAGUUGACAGUGUCGUUGCCUCCACUGAAAAUACAAUCUCAAAACGCUAACAGAUUGAAGCUGCAACGUUACCUGCAGGAGACGCAUCCUGUAAUACGGGAUAGCAAUCAGUUGCAGUGCAUCUACUUCAUUGUGGGCUGUUUCCAUGCGCGUUUAUAUUUUCUGAAUCGGGAGUACGAUCAGUUGGAUGAUUUCUAUAGCAUGGCCAAUGAUUGGCUACAACGGGACACGGAACGUAGCAACGCAUUGGGGCAUAUGUUGCUCGUGUUGCCAGUCUAUCAGGCCAACUAUUUGCGUGCCACGAACAAGUAUCGCCAGGCCAUUGAGGUUACCGAGUCCGCCUUGAAGCUGGCCAAGAGCGAGCAGCUGCAGCAACGAGUCGAUGUCAACUAUCGCUACAAUUUGUUGCUACAACUGCGAACGGCUCAACUGGAGUUGCAACCAAAACCCGUGGCAAAGACACGACGACAACAACAACCACGUCGCGCUCUCCAGUUUAACGUAUCGCCGGAGGAUAAGCCGAAGGAAAAGUCCAAAGCAAGCAAAACGAAACCGAAGUUUACAAUUUAUACAGAGGAUUCCAGUCUAUCCAGUGGCAGCAGUCCGGAGGAGAAUAAACGUUUCGAUCUCAAUUCCUGUCAGUUAAUUGAGAUCAUUGACUUGAGCGAUGAGGAAUUAUCUCCACCUCUACCUCCUCCUCCGCUGACUGCUGCACAGGUGAAGCUCACAAAAUCUUUGCCUCGCACUGCGCAGGCGACACGCAGCACAAGGACACGUGCCCAGAAGCAGUUGGAGACACCCAUAGUGCCAGCUAGACGGGUUGCUACUGCUCCCAAUACCCUGGGAUUAACCAGCAGCAUCAGCAGACGCAAUACCACGCCCGAGGAUACGCCCAAGACAACAACGGUCACAAGGGGACGCACAAGGAGGCAGAAUGCUGUAGAGGAGCAGCCGGUGACGCCUUUGGUAAAGAUGGAUUCAAUGAGCACAAGACGUCGCCAAAGGAACUGAUUAACUUUAUUCCAAUUUAGUUUAGUAUCUUAUUAAUUAAUAUACUUUGUGUUUUUACAAUAAAUGUUUAGCUGCAACUUGAA